GGCGUCCUUCGGCCGGUUCUUGGCCCGCGAGGCCUGAGGCUCCGCCCGGCACCGGCUGGCGGCGGGGCCUCUGCGUCCGUAGUGGAUCGCUUCCUCGAGAGCGUGGGCCUCGUCACUCCAGGGUGGGCGUGGGCGCGGCGGACCGGUCUCCUAGGUACACGUGCCAUGAGGGUCGGGAGCCUGUCUGCUGUGGUCAGCGCCGUUUCUCCAGGGCCUGGCACGUGGUGACCCCCGAGGCCAGUGACCCGCCGACCGGCAGGAUGCGUGACUGGCACCAGAUUUUUGACCAGAACGUGCUGGUGCCUCCCCACCCACACAGAGCACGCCAGCCCUUAAAGGACUCGACGGCGUUUCAGUGCGUCCUGAAGUGGCUCGAUGGGCCGCUAAUUAAGCAGGGCGCGCUGGAGAUGCUGUCGGAGCUGGGGUGCCAUCUCCGCGUGUCUCUCUUCGAUGUCGCCUACCGCCACUUCUUCGGGAGGACGUGGAGGAGCGCAGCGAGGCCCGUGGAGCCGCUCCCCAGGCAGCCGUCCAGGAUUGUCCUGAAUGAGCCCGUGUACUUCCACACGUCCUUGAGCCACCCGAGCAUCGUGGCCGUGGUGGAAGUGGUCGCCCACGGCAGGAGACGGGACGGGACCCUCCAGAGCCUGUCGUGUGGGUUUGGGAUUCUUCGUAUCUUCAGCAGCAAAACGGAGUCUCCCCGCAUGGCCUCCCAGGACAGACGGCUCUUGCUGCCUGACCUGUGCUCUUCCCAGGGGGACGGCCCGCUGGACAGCAGCGCCCUGGAGAUCGCCGAGCGGCGUCUGUGUGUCGGUGCGCACAACGGUCUGGGCUUCGUGCAGAGGCCGCAGGUCAUGGUGCUGGUGCCCGAGAUGGACGUGGCCUUGACGCGCUCUGCCAGUUUCAGCAGGAAAGUCGGCUCCUCCUCCAAGUCCAGCUCUGGAAACCAGGCUCUGGUCCUGAGGAGCCACCUCCGACUCCCCGAGAUGGUCCAUCACCCCACCUUCGCCGUCGUCUUCCAGCUGGAGUACGUGCUAAGCAGCCCCUCGGGAGUGGACGGCAACGCGGCUCCCGCCUCCGCCGCGGCCAGCCUGGCGCGCAUGCACACGGUGCGCUGGGCCGUCUGGAAGCCCCCGCCCGACGCCGGCUCCGGGAGCGCCACGCUGCCUCUCCAGGGCGGGAUCCGGCCCAACCCCGCGCGCUGUCUGGUCUAUAAGGUGCCCCCCGCCAGCAUGAGCUCCGAGGAGGUGAGGCAGGUGGAGUCGGGGACCGUCCAGUUCCAGUUCUCGCUGAGCCCCGACAGACCCCCGGACACCCCAGGGCAGCCCCGGCCGGAGCGGCGGCCCUCGAGGAGGACGCCCACAUGCCCCACAAGCCCGCCAGUGCCGCCGCCCCUGGGGCUCGCCGCCUCCCAGGACUCGCCGGUGGGACCAGGGCUGUCCCUGUCCCAGCUCGCAGCCUCCCCACCGUCCCCCACUCGUUGCCGCUCGGCCAAGCCCUCUUCCCAGCAGCCCGCCAGCUCCGAGCCCUCGGGGGCCCAGGCGGAGCUCCCCCUGGAGGGCGGGAUCGCGCACCUGGAAGCUGACCUGAGCCCCACGCCCGUGGUCCCGGGAACCUGUGUCGCCGAGCAGUUGCAGGAGCUGCCCUUCACCCCCGUGCACGCCCCCAUCGUCGUGGGGGCCCAGGCCCGGAGCUCCGGAGGCAGGCUCUCGCGGGCCUGCAUGGCGCUCCUGCAGGCCGCCGGCUUCCCCGAGAUCCUGGACGCCAGCCAGCAGCCGGUGGAGGCCGUCAGCCCGGCGGACCCCGUGAAGUUCAGCCUGCAGAGGGAGGAAGCCGACCGUCUCCGGGGCAACGAGGUGGUGCUGCAGUUCCUUGCCUUCAGCAGGGUGCCCCAGGACGACCCGGGAACGCCGUGGCCGCGUACCGUGUAUUUUACCUUCCAGUUCUACCGCUUCCCGCCCGCCACGACCCCGCGGCUGCAGCUGCUCCCGCUGGACGGGGCCGGGAAGAGCCGCUCGGGCCCCCUGUCACACGUCCUUGUUCCCACCAGUUACCACGGCUCCUCCGAGGCUGGGCCUCCGGGCUUCCAGCUGAGGUACCUGGUGGACCCCGGGUUCCUGAGGCCCGGGGAGCGGCGCUGGUUCACCCGCUACCUGGCCGUGCAGAGCCUGCAGGUGGACGUCUGGGACGGAGACUCCUUGCUGCUCAUCGGCUCGGCCGCCGUGCACCUGAAGCACCUCCUCCGCCAGGGCCGCCCGGCCGUGCAGGUCUCCCACGAGCUCGAGGUCCUGGCGACCGAGUACGAACAGGACGCACUGGUGCUGAGUGGAGACGUGACCGCGUCCGGCAGCGUCAGGCCGAUCGGCGUCCACACGGUGGUGAAGGGCCUGCUGCACCUGACCUUGGCCAACGUGGGUCACCUGUGUGAGCAGACAGGGAGAGAGGCCAGCGCGCUGCCACCUUCCAGGUUGCGGGUCAUCUCGAAUGAGGGAGCCGGCCGCUUCGACGGAGGCAGCCUCCUCACUCGCGGGGCCCCGAGACGGGUGAAAAACGUGGUCCAGGCACAGAAGCUGGCAGAUGUGGACAGCGAGCUGGCGGCCAUGCUGUUCACGCCCCUGCUGCCGGGGAGCAAGGGGCCCCGGGGCGCCGUGCGGGAGGGGGACGCCGUUCGCAGGCGCAAGCUGGAGCGGAUGAGGGCUGUGCGUGCGCAGGAGGCCGGCGGCGAGGGGGGCUGCCGGAGGAGCGCGAUGGCUCAACAGAACGUCCGGGCUCAGCAUGCGCGGGACCUGCAGGUCAUCGCCGCCUACCGGGAGCGCACCAAGGCCCAGAACAUCGCCAGCGCGCUGAGCCUGGCCAUCACCGUGGAGCACACGCUCUACGCCUCGCUGGGCACCGCGGAGUUCUUCGAGUUCGCCCUCAGGAACCCCCACAACACGCCGCACACUGUGACCAUCGAGGUGGACAACCCUGAGCUCAGCCUCAUCGUGGACAGCCAGGAGUGGAGGCACUUGAAGGCGGCGGCCGGCCUGCACACGCCUGUGGAGGAGGACAUGUUCCGCCUGCGCGGCGGCCUCGCACCCCAGCUCUUCCUGCGCCCCCGGGAGACCGCCCACGUCCCCUUCAAGUACCAAAGUUCUCUGUGGCGCAGGCCUCUGCGGACCUGAGACCUGAGAAGGGCACGGACCCCGGAUCCCCUGCGAAGGACAGCGUGAUGCCCACCAGACACGCCAAGGUGCGGGCAGAGCACAGGCCUGAUCUGAGGUGCACGAGGCCGUGGGGGGCGAGCCGGUGUCCUCCACGGG